CGAAACUACUGAUUUUAGACCGACAAAUAAGUGUUAUCCAAAGUGCAGAUUUAAUGUGCUUGAUUGUAAAGUGUGUAGUAGUUCGACAACUUGUCAAGAGUGUGAACCCGGCUUUUUAUUAAUAAGUGGACAAUGCCAGACGUGUCAGUACUAUGGAGAGUGCUACCAAUGUGAUAUUAAUAAAUGCACGGCGUGUAGUGCUAAUUACAAAUACGAUGCUGAAAAAAUGAAGUGUGGAUUUUGUGAGUUGGAGUUAGGGUAUUAUAUUGAUGGAAAUGACUGUAAUAAGUGUAAUGAGAAUUGUACAUUAUGUACAAGUGCUACAGUUUGUACUGAAUGUAAAGAUGGGUUUUACUUGAAAGAUAACACAUGUUUGCCAUGCACAUUAAUUGGCUGUUUUAAAUGCACUAAAUUUGAAUGUCUGGAAUGCCAAACGGGGUUUUAUCUCAACGACAACAAGUUGUGUAGUUUAUGCUCUGAGUUUGGGAAUUGCAUUGAAUGUACAAUUGAAGGGUGUACUACUUGUUUAGAUCAUAUGUAUUACAACACAACAACGAGAUUGUGCGACAAUUGUGUUGAAGGGUGUGAUGUAUGUGACAACUCGUUUUCAUGUAACACCUGUCAUAACACAUAUUACCAUUACAAAGAAGAUGAAAUGAAGUGUGCCACGUGUCCAAUAGAUAAUGGAGACUACCUUAAAGGAAUGAAUUGCAAAAAUUGCAUCAAAAAUUGUUUAAGUUGUACCGAAAGUGACAAUUGUCAAUUCUGUGAAAACACUUUUUAUUCAGAUAUUAUUGAAAACACCACAACAAAUGUUUGUGUGGAAUGCACAGAACUUGAUUCAAAGUGCUUGUUGUGUUCAAAUGAAAAGCAGUGCACAACGUGUUUCCUAUCAUAUGGUGUCUUUUCUGGUCGAUGUCACAAGUGUUCAGAAGAGUAUUUUGAUUGUGAAGAGUGUAAUGAUACAGUGUGUUUACAAUGCGGAGACAUCACUUAUCUCGACAAUGGAAAAUGCAUGGAAUGUGGGUACAAAUACGCCAAUUGUGCGACAUGUAACGAGACUGAAUGUCUCAGUUGCAUAACUGAUUUUAGUUUGUAUGAAGAAAAGUGUGUUGAUUGUGUUGGGUUAUUUGGGAUGUGUGACUCGUGUUCAAGUGACGAGUGUUUGCAUUGUAAAGAAGGUGCAUCUCAGGUUGGGUACAGUUGUUAUAACUGUAGUGAAUAUAACACAAAUUGUGUUGAAUGUGACAGUUCAACGUGUUUGAGAUGUAAAAUGCCAUUCACUUUAAAUGGAGAGAACUGUUUCGAUUGUUCUGAUUUUGAGAAUUGUGAAAUUUGCAACAGCACUCACUGUAUCGCCUGUAAAAAUGGGUUUGUUAAUUUGGGAGACAAUUGUGCCAUUUGUGGAGAUAUUCCCAAUUGCUCUGAAUGUGACCAAACAUCAUGUAUAUCAUGCAAUUCAAAGUUCUUUUUGAAUAACAAAACAUGUGAAAAAUGUAUGGAGAAUUGUGAUGUUUGCAACACCAAAGAGAGUUGUUCUGUUUGUUCCACAAAUUAUACAUACAAUGAAACAUCACACAGUUGUGUCAUUUGUUCUAGUGAAAAUUAUGAACAACAAGAGUAUUGCAGACCAUGUCCAAGUGAAUGUACAACAUGCGACUCUGCUACCCAAUGCACAAGUUGCGUUGAUGGGUAUUUUGUCAACACUGAAAAUAAUUGUGUAAGUUGUCUCACAAGAAAUUGUAUGUCGUGCGACUCGAAUGUGUGUACAUCAUGCAUCAACGGGUAUUAUAUAAACAACGGAGUUUGUGAAGAGUGCUGGACAAUUGAUAAGAAAUGCACAACAUGCAGUUCUACUGACAUCUCACCACAUUGUGAUUCGUGUGAAAAUGGGUAUUGGGUUGAUGACAACAAGUGUGUGACAUGCGAAGGGUGUGGCUCACUUGGGUGUGAGUACAUGAGUGGGCUAUGUUAUAACUGCCCAAAUCAGAGUCAAGUUUUGGUGUCGGGAAAGUGUGUGACUGUAGAAGGAUGCAAAGUUGUAGAAAACAAUGAAUGUGUUGUUUGUGACAAUUUGUAUGUUAAAAUAGGGAGAAGGUGCAUUAAGACGCAAACGGAGACAACUGAAAAUGUGAUCAAAUAUCGAGAUUAUUAUGUCAGUUCUAUUGAUGUUAAUUGCACUACUUUUACAACCAAGGGAUGUGAUAUUUGUGAAGAAGGAUAUUACCACCAUGAAAGUGUGUGUAUGAGAUGUGAAGAAAUCUAUGACAAUUGUGAAAAAUGUGGUGUUGUAACUUUGAACAACUUUAAUCAAACGAUCUGUUCUAUUUGUAAACCAUCAUAUUAUCCAGAAAUAUCAUGUAAUGAGUGCACGUUGAUAAAUGGGUGUUCUGAAUGCAUCAAUUAUCUCACAAACAACGAGACUUCAACAAGAAGGUGUACAAAGUAUAUGGACAUGUUUAUCAACAACGCAGGCCAAUGUGUGAAAAUAGCGAAGUGCCUCCAAGGAGUCGGAGAGCGGUGCACAUUAUGUGAAAAGAACUACUUGGUGUCUGAAGGUCGAUGCAAGCCAUGUGGUGAUGUUGUUAUUGGUUGUAAGACAAGUACCAAAAAUGAAUGCACUUCGUGUGUGGAAGGACAUUAUAUCGACUCAAACAAGCAAUGCAGCAAAUGCUCAGUGAAUAACUGCUUUGUGUAUGCUCAAGAUGGAAGUUGUGAUACCUGUGUAACCAACACAACGAAAAACACCGACUCUUCUAAAUGCUUGUCAUGUUCCACGUUGAAAGGAUGUAAAUUCUAUGAUAACACAAUCCCCAAUAAAUGUUUGUUGUGUGCCCAAAAUUACCUUACAAAGAAUGAGUUGUGUGAGUCAUGUUCAACUCUUAACAAAUGUCUAAGUUGCUCAAAUGAACUCACGUGCCUGCAUUGUGUUGAUGGAUAUUAUCCAGACGAAGGAAAAUGCAAGUCGUGCCUCACAAUAAAUGGCUGUAAAACAUGUUCGUCAACAUCAAAGAAAUGUCACACCUGCAAAGAUGGGUAUUACCUCGACAACGAGUGUAAAUUAUGUGGUGAAGUUUUCAGUAACUCUGCCACGUGUACAAUGAAAAAAGUUUUUUCUUGUUAG